CAGCAGAGGGACACUACGCUCUCCACAGCACCUAGCCCUCAACUCCAACACACUCACUGGCUUGACAAUCCACUCUGUGUGCAAUGGAGAAGCACAUCCUAGUCAAUGGCAGAUUCCUUAACCACGCAGGUAGAGUCCCAUUUGGAGUUAAUCAUAAAUUAAUAGACGAUGCUGGUCUGGUAUGAUCGAGCAGAUUAUUUGAAUAAUUUAUUGUGAACAAGGCUAUUUUUCCUGAUAUUUGAGAUUUUUUAAAAUUUAUUUUCAUGCAAUGUUUAUCUGUUGUUACCAUUCUCACAGGAGUUUUGAUGUAGGCCUACACAACAGGAUCAGAUGAAACAACAGAGCAAGAGAGUUGAGAGAGGGAGAGAGAGAGAGAGAAAGAGAGAGAGAGAGAUGGCUUAGUAUUGUGGAACCCUUUUGCUUCCAUCAAGUAUUCGUUCCUUUAAUAAGGUUUUGUUCCCAGCGUGGUUCUUCUCCAGGGAACCAUCCUGAGAUGUUCUCUCAGAUCCCCUCUCCUAUCAGAAUAGCCGCAGCAGGAGAGCACUGAAAUGAAGGCUGGCCCAGGCGAGAGGUAAAUCACUGACUAGCUGAUAACCAGUGAAGAGCCGAGGACUGUGGCUUCACUGUCAUGAGGACGAGGACCAGGAUGCAGCAAGCCCUCCAUACUACUGUGCCAGCUUUGAAGUCUCUUUUAGUGGGCCCUCAUGGAGAAAUACUUUGCCUAUGAUGACUGUGUCUUAUCCAACCAGAGAAGGAAGCACACCGGAGCCAGGCCAAUGUGUGCGACCUGCAAGGCAGCUUCAGGAAGUAGUUUUGUGCCACUGCGUUCCGACACUGAAAAUGGGGUAGAGGAAAAACAGCGCAGAACCGUCCCAGCCAGUGGAACCGCAUCUAUAGAGCCACAGUCUGAGCUAUUGAGGAGAAGACGGAAACCAGCCCUCAUCAGGUCAAAAACAUUUGAUCCUUCACUUCUGUCACAAGUUCAAAGUGACACAGAAGCCAAACUCGAGAGGAAAAAGUCUCAGUCUAAUCAGUUUUCCAAAACAAACACCCAGUACCACAAACUUUUUAAAGAGAUCAGCAAGGAUGAGCAGCUGAGGCAAAGUUACACUUGUGCUUUACAGAAAGACAUCCUCUACCAAGGCAGACUGUUUGUCUCCGAUAACUGGAUCUGCUUUCACUCUAAAGUGUUCGGCAAAGACACCAAGAUUGUGAUUCCAGUGCUUUCCAUAGCUGUUGUUAAGAAAACAAAAACAGCCAUAUUAGUGCCAAAUGCACUUGUGAUCGCUACAUCAAAUGAACGUCAUGUAUUUGUCUCCUUCUUGUCUCGAGACACGACAUACAAGUUCCUCAUGUCUGUAUGCUACCAUUUGGAGGACUUCUGUGCGGACUUCUCUGAUCUGGACGGGAAGGUGAGGAAGAGGAGGCAGGAGAUGGAGGACAGCAGCAGCUCGGACUCACACUCUCCAGACUCUCAGAAGAUGGCUGACUACUCAAAGCUUCCCCAGACAUUACUGAAUGUGACUAAACCAGGAGAGCUGCCUGUUGUCCCUGAACCUCUCCAACACUCACCUGAGACAAGAAACACACCCCCAUAUAAUGGUGUGCCUGAGACCGCAGAGACAGCAGAGCUGGCAUACGACAUUAAAUCCCUCAGACCCAUCUCCCUCAGCGCGCUUCUCAUGGUCUAUCUGUUCUUAGUAUGUGUUUUAGUCUUGUCCUCUUGCUACAUGGCCUUCAGGAUAGUUUCACUGGAGCAAAGACUGACCUCUCUGGGCUCCAUGAGUGAACCACCUGAAAAUGGAAACGAUUACAAAAGAGAUUACCUUGAAGAUAAUGCUGAAGUUUACUCAAUGUUAUCUAUGAAUAUUCUGAAACUGGAAAAGCUCCAAAGAAACUUGCAGAGAUUGCUGGAGGAGACACAGUGAUUUUUUCUGUAUAUGUCCUCUGUGUUAAAAAACUGUGUAACUCUUUGUUAAUCUUUGUUGACAUGUAACCACACACACUAGCGCGCACGCACAAACGCACACACACACACACACACACACACACACACACACACACACACACACACACAGAGCGAAAGAGAAAGAGACAAAGAUAUUUGUGUAUAUGACAUUUAUUUGUAUAAUUAAUUCCCAAAGAAUUAACAAAUAUACCAAGUUUUUUGUCUGUG